CCUUCCUGGCUCACUGCGGAAGGGCAGGUGUCAGGAAACAUCUGGCUCACCCACCAGGAACACAGCCCACAUUCUCCCGGCAAAGACAGGCACAGGCCAUCCGUUCCAGCCUGGUGAGUCAACACCCAGUCAGAACCAACAGGACUUUUGCCCCUUGCCUCCUGCAGCAAGGCUUGCCCUGCUCUGGCUCAGGUCUCUCCAGGGCUCCGGAUACCGCCUGCCCAGGAUGGCUGGGCAGCUCCCUGGGAGCAUGGGUGCUCUGCGCCGGCAAGGGAUCAUGAUACUCACCUAUGUGCUGACUGCCCUGGAGCUAACGUGUCUCUUCAUGCAGUUCUCCAUCAUACCAUACCUGUCUCGGACACUGGGCCUAGAUUCCGUCGCCUUUGGCUACCUACAGACAGUCUUUGGGGUGCUUCAGCUGCUGGGUGGGCCUGUAUUUGGCAGGUUCGCAGACCAGUACGGGGCAAGAGCGGCACUCUCAUUCUCCUUCCUGGCGGCCUCGGCUCUGUACUUGCUCCUAGCGGCCGCCUGUAGCCCAUCCCUGCCUGGCAUUUUCCUGCUCUUCGCCUCACGUGUACCCGCAGCAUUCAUGCACACGCUUCCAGCUGCCCAGAUGGUUAUCGCCGAUCUGACAGCGCCCGCAGAGCGACCCGCUGCCCUGGGCAGGCUGGGCCUCUGCUUCGGCAUCGGAAUGAUCUUCGGCUCGCUGCUUGGCGGGACCCUAAGCACCGCAUACGGGAUCCAGUGUCCUGCCAUCGUGGCUCUUGUGGUCACCCUCCUAGGAGCUGUCCUCAGCUUUACCUGUGUCCCUGUCACCACCAAGGAGGCCAGUGUCCAAUCAGACCAUCAGGGUAGAACCAAGGCCAGCGUAUUUGACCUGAAAGCUAUCACCCGCCUACUGCUGCUACCUAGAGUGCUGCCUGUAUUCCUGGUCAAGGUCAUCUCUGGCUUCCCUUCAGGACUCUUCAUGGUGAUGUUCUCCAUCAUCUCUAUGGACUUCUUCCAGCUGGAGGUUGCACAGACUGGCUACCUCAUGUCCUUCUUCGGGGUCCUCCAGAUGGUGAUCCAAGGCCUGUUCAUUGGAAAACUGAGCACCCAUUUCCCAGAGGAAGCCCUGCUGCAAUCCAGUGUGCUGGUCUUUGCUGUUGUGGGACUGGGCAUGGUCCUGAUGUCCAACAUUCUCCACUUUUGCUUCCUGAUACCCGGCCUGGUAUUCAGUCUCUGUACCCUCAACGUGGUCACUGACAGCAUGCUGACCAAGGCUGUGUCCUCUUCAGACACAGGGACCAUGCUGGGCCUCUCUGCAUCUGUGCAUCCACUGACCCGCACACUAGGACCCACCCUGGGUGGCCUGCUGUACCGCAGCUAUGGUGUCCCCAUCUUUGGCUACGUGCAGCUCAUGGUGAACUUGCUUGUCCUAUUGGUCCUCUGGAGGAAGCCGUUGUCCCAGAAGGGAGACAAAGCCCGGUAACCACAGAGCCCAGGGACCUGGCCCAGUCAGUCAAUAAACUGAACCUCCUCUUCUUAA